UGUCUAAUUGAACCUCUUCAUUUUUUUUCGGUAUAAUAUUUCUCUUGAGUGAACAAACGGAGAUGGAUAGUAGAUGGAGCCUUCGAGGAAUGACCGCUCUUGUGACGGGCGGAGCUAGAGGGAUCGGGCACGCAAUAGUGGAGGAACUAGCUGGAUUUGGAGCAAGAAUCCACACAUGCGACAAGUCAGAGGUUCAUCUCAACCAAAGCUUACGAGAAUGGAAAGAGAAGGGCUUUCAAGUCAGUGGUUCAGUCUGUGACGUAUCCUCUCGGCCACAGAGAGAGAAACUCAUGCAUACAGUCUCCUCUCUGUUUGGUGGCAAACUCAACAUUCUCAUAAACAACGUCGGCAUAUGUGUGACAAAGCCAACCGUAGAAUACACGGCCGAAGAUUACUCGUUACAGAUGACUACAAACCUCGAGUCCACCUUCCAUCUCUCCCAGCUCGGGCAUCCUCUUCUGAAGGCCUCUGGAUAUGGGAGCAUCGUGCUAGUGACCUCAAUUGGCGGAGUUGUAUCAGUUCCUUCCGGGUCUAUUUGCGGUGCGUCAAAAGGAGCUAUGAACCAGCUGGCAAGAAACUUGGCUUGCGAGUGGGCGAGCGAAGGAAUAAGAGCUAACGCUGUUGCUCCUAGUCUCGUCUUAACUCCUCUGGGACAAUAUAUUGCUAGUCACAAGAAUUUACAGGAGGGUAUUGAGUCAAGAACCCCACUCGGUCGUACUGGAGAGCCGAAGGAGGUUGCAGCACUGGUGACGUUUCUGUGUCUCCCUGCAGCUUCUUACAUAACCGGUCAGACCAUUUGUGUUGACGGAGGUUUCACUGUUAAUGGUUUUUCUUAUAAACCAGAGUCUUCAACCGUCGGAAACUCUUCCAAAAUGCAUUAAACUUACAGACUGUAAGUUUCUAAUACUAAAUAAAUAAUGCAAGAGUUUCAUAAUAUAUAUAUAUAUAUAUAUAUAUAUAAAUAAUAAAUUAAAGUGACCCAUGUCCGUCAUUGUGUCUCAGUUAUGAAUACGAUGAAUACCUGAACUGGUGUGUAUGAUUAUAUGGUGUUUCGCUUAUCUUUUUUAUACGUAUAUUUAUUUGUAUUGAAAUUAUUUUAACAAAGAAGCUUCUAUACUGGUUG